GUGGAACAUGGAAAUGACGUUGGCAAACUGACUGGUAUAUAAACCACGACCAUCAGCCAGCACGUCAGAUUGAGAAACACCUCUCGUCCAGCCAUGAUGAGUGGUGUGGCCCUGCUUAUACUAUCCGUUGGUGUUUUCCAAAUAUCAUUGCUUGAGACAUCUGGGCAAGAAAAUGUCACUCCUGUAUACAAAGUGAAAGACAAAACCAAAGAAACAUUCACAAAGGAACAACUGAAGGCAAUUGAAGAAAAUUUACUGCCCAAAGGUCCUGGAACAGGAUUCAAACCCAUUAACCAAGGGGCAUCCCCUGGAAAAUUCAACUAUGCUGCAAAGCAAAUUAUUGGAGGGACACAAGCUGUUCUGAAACAGUUUCCCUACCAAGUUGUAAUUGUUAUGGACGGUUCAAUGACUUGCGGUGGAUCACUGAUACUUCCAGAUUGGGUAUUAACUGCAGCUCAUUGCGUUAAACCCUACACCCAUUUCGCACUUUUAUUCGGAGCAAUUUAUCGAUGGCCAUCAAGUGGUACUCCUGGUUGGGUGAAAAUGAACACAACCACAAGCUAUUACCACCCCAAUUACAGUGAUUACACACUGGUUAAUGACAUUGCUUUACUGAAACUACCAACUCCUUUGAAUUUGACUGAUUACAUCAAUGUUGUCAAGCUGCCUCCUGCGAGCGAUGCCACGAAAACAUUUGUCGGAGUCAACGCGACCGUCAGUGGCUUUGGAAGAUUCACAAACAAUAGCCCGUUUGAUAGCACGUAUUUGAAUUACGUUGUUCUGCCUGUUAUUUCCAAUACGGAAUGCCUCUCUUAUUACGGCCCGUCCGUUAUUGACAGCACCUUGUGCUGCGCAACACAAACCAAUAAAAGCCACUGCAAGGGUGACAGUGGGGGUCCCUUGGUGUACACCGACAGUAAUGGGAGUGUUGUGCAAAUUGGCGUUGUCUCGUAUGGUUCUAUUUAUGGUUGCGAUGCCGGACCAAAUGGGUAUGCUCGAGUCUCUUCUUUCCUAGGCUGGAUGUCCGCAACAAUCGGAACUGAUUUGACAACGACCCCUUCUUCUGACACUACCACCACAACCACUCCAACUACGACAACCACUCCAACUACGACCACCACUCCAACUACGACAACCACUCCAACUACGACCACCACUCCAACUACGACAACCACUCCAACUACGACCACCACUCCAACUACGACCACCACUCCAACUACGACAACCACUCCAACUACGACCACCACUCCAACUACGACAACUACUCCAACUACGACAACCACUCCAACUACGACAACUACUCCAACUACCACCACAACAACCACUCCAACUACCACCACUACUAUCAAAACCACUACAACCAAACCAACAACAACCCCAAAACCAACCACGACUAAGAAACCAACCACAACCAAACCAACCACGACUAAGAAACCAACCACAACCAAACCAACCACGACUAAGAAACCAACAACAACCAAAACUACCACAACCAAGAAACCAACCACUCCUAAACCUCCUGAGUGCUCUAAAGCUGCUUUUGAUACUUUGGCUCGAACAUGCUGCUCUACUCCUACCGGUGACAUUUUCUUCUUUGGUCAAAAGGAUAAAACCUGCAAAGCCAAUACAAACGUUCGGAACUACUUGAAUAAAUACCUCCUCAACAAGGAACUUGAUAAAAACAACUUGAUGAACUUUAAUGCAGCAACUACAAUUAGAAAUCUUGCUGAAAAAGCUGCUUACGUCAAUUGUGUCUUGAAUAACACAGGAAUACUAUUGAGUAACGGAUCACUCGAUGGACCUGCCCUAGCAACACUUAUUACGCAGAACGUAUCGGAAAACUGGAAGAGUUUUUAUACCGAAGCAACCAUCUCAUGCGUAGAUUUUAUUUACAGCUCUGAUUUCCCUGUGCUUUCAUACAUAUUCAACCGGAUCUCCUACGAUGCUAGACCCCUGGUAGUCAUCCAGUGCAUUCAUUUUAAAGCUGCCUAUACAGGAUGUGUGCAACCUAUUCUGACCAAGCCGUGCAAUACCACACGUGACACUAUGCGAUCUUGUCUUCAGUAUUUCGCAUUUAACCUUACAACCACCGCUCAAAAGGUUAAGAAGAGAAAUUGAGCAAUUUUUCAGUGUUUGAAGUUAUUUCGGUGUGCAAUGUUUGAAUCAAAAUUCGUGAAUUAAAAAUAAAAAUUGGCAAAAUUGA